AUGAGUCCGGAGGGCGACACCCCCAGCCCGCCCGCCCGCCCCCUCCCUCCUUAUGAGCGAGGGAGCGCGGCGCCGGAGCCACACUGCGCCGAGCCCGCGCCCCGCCGCCACCUCGGCCCGCGCGCCCGCAGCGAGCCCUGCGUGUCUGCGCGGGGCUCACGGCGGGGCCCGGGCAGCGCCAUGCAGAGAGCGGCGGGCGGCGGAGCCCCCGGGGGCAGCGGCGGGGGCAGCGGCGGCACGGGCACCGCCUUCUCCAUCGACUCGCUCAUCGGGCCGCCGCCUCCACGCUCGGGCCACCUGCUCUACACCGGCUACCCCAUGUUCAUGCCCUACCGGCCACUCGUGCUGCCACAGGCACUGGCCCCCGCGCCGCUGCCCGCCGGCCUCCCGCCACUGGCCCCGCUCGCCUCAUUCGCCGGCCGCCUGAGCAACACCUUCUGCGCCGGGCUGGGCCAGGCGGUGCCCUCGAUGGUGGCUCUGACCACUGCACUGCCCAGCUUCGCAGAGCCUCCCGAUGCUUACUACGGACCCCCGGAGCUCGCCGCUGCAGCCGCUGCCGCCUCCACCGCCUCGCGAAACAACCCCGAGCCCGCGGCUCGGCGCACGGAGGGAGAGCUGGACGCCGACGAGCUGCUGCCGGCGCGCGAGAAAGUGGCUGAACCCCCGCCGCCCCCGCCGCCUCACUUCUCAGAGACUUUCUCGAGUCUGCCGGCAGAGGGGAAGGUGUACAGCUCAGAUGAGGAGAAGUUGGAGGCCCCAGCAGGAGACCCAGCAGGCAGCGAGCAGGAGGAAGAGGGCUCAGGCGGUGACAGCGAGGACAGCUUCCUGGACAGUUCUGCAGGGGGCCCAGGGGCUCUUCUGGGACCUAAACCGAAGCUAAAGGGAAACCUGGGGACUGGCGCUGAGGAGGGGGCACCAGUGGCCACAGGGGUCGCCACCCCUGGGGGGAAAAGCCGAAGGCGGCGCACGGCCUUCACCAGCGAGCAGCUUUUGGAGCUGGAGAAGGAGUUUCACUGCAAGAAAUACCUGAGCCUGACAGAGCGCUCCCAGAUCGCCCACGCCCUCAAGCUCAGUGAGGUGCAGGUUAAGAUCUGGUUUCAGAACCGCCGGGCCAAGUGGAAGCGCAUCAAGGCUGGCAAUGUGAGCAGCCGUUCUGGGGAGCCCGUGAGAAACCCCAAGAUUGUGGUGCCCAUACCUGUGCAUGUCAACAGGUUUGCUGUGCGCAGCCAGCACCAACAGAUGGAGCAGGGAGCCCGGCCCUGA